AUGUCAUAUUUAACUGGACAAGCGAACACUGAGCCCUCCAUUAGCAGGACUCCUGAGUACAUGGACUCUAAUGAACUGACAACCCACAGUGAUGUGAGACCUCUGGUGAUAGGUGUGAUCCUGAGCAUCGCCGCCUGCCUCAUCAUCUCCACCAACCUCCUAGUGGCAGCUGCUCUGCUUAAACUCCUCCUCAAGAAAUGCAGCCAGAGCUGGUGCUUUGUCCUCAACCUGGCACUGGCUGAUGCCCUGGUGGGCAUGGCCAUCACUGGCCUGGCCACAGAGAACUUCAACAACAACAACAACAACAACAACAACAAUCUCACUCAGGACCAGCAGAGCCACAUCACUGCUGAUCCUCCCACAAAUGCCAUGCCUCCUGCUCAGGGCAAGACCCGCUGUUUGAUGCAGAUGGCCUUUGUGACAUCGUCCACCACAGCAUCCAUCAUGUCUAUGUUCCUGAUCUCACUUGACCGUUAUGCAGCGAUCAAGAUGCCGCUGCGUUACUCCCUGCUGUCUGGAAAAGGGACAGCAGUCGGGUCUUUGCUGGCUCUGUGGAUCAGCUCUCUCAUUGUGGGAUUUUUGCCAGUCAUGGUGCGGCAGCUGCAGGCAGAGGGCUACAGUGGCUUCUGUGCCUUCUUCUCAGUCAUUCAAGAAGUGGGCAUCAUUGUCUUAUUCAGCAUAUUCUUCUUCCCUGUGCUGUCUGUGUUCAUCUACAUCUACCUGGACAUCCUGAAGAUAGCCUACAGCCACCAGAAGCAGAUUUGCCAAGUUAGGGAAGCAGGCUUCAGGACAGCUGAACACUAUGGCCAUCAGCAUUAUCAGCAUCACCACGAGCAUCAGCAGCUCAGGAGCGGUUAUAGGAGUCAUGUCAAGGCUCUGAGGACAGUGGCAGUGCUUGUGGGCUGCUUCUUAGUCCUCUGGUGCCCUUUCUUUGUGGUGUGCAUUGUGCAUAUUCUGUGUAAAAGCUGUGAACUCAAAGAUAUUUUGGAGAAUCACCUCUGGCUGCUGGGACUGUCUAACUCACUGAUCAACCCUUUAGUAUACGCCUUUUGGCAAAAGGAGGUGCGGCAGCAGUUAGCAGCCAUGUUUUCCUGCUUUGCACUGGUUGCUGGACCAUUAGGUGUUACAGAACCAUGUGACCCACAGCCACCUGUGCAGAAUCAAGCCUGUGUUUUUGGUGGAGACACCCUCAACCCUUCACUGCUGCGGCCAAUUAAUGAUGAAUCUCACGCUGUGCCACUAUCUGCUACAACUAGUUUGUAA